AUGUUAAAUUUGUGAAUACAAUAUGAGCACAAAAUUGCGAAAAUACUUUUCAAUUUUCAUAAGACCACAAAUAUCUUUGCAUACUUCAUAUAUUAUGGAAAAAAACGAAAAGAAGCAAGAUUAUGAAUCUCAAAAAUAUAGGAUUGAAAAGGAUACCAUGGGAGAAAUGAAAGUACCUUUUGAUAAAUAUUAUGGGGCACAAACUGCUAGAUCCUUGCAAAAUUUUCCUAUUGGGGGAACUUCCGAAAUUAUGCCUAUUAAGGUUAUAAGAGCCAUGGCAAUACUUAAAAAAGCAGCUGCUAUUGUUAAUAUUGAUUAUGGACUUGAUCCCAAAAUUUCAAAAGGAAUUCAAAAUGCAGCAGAUGAAAUUAUUCAGGGAAAGUUGGAUACUAAUUUUCCAUUGACUAUAUGGCAAACUGGUUCAGGAACUCAAACUAAUAUGAAUGUCAAUGAAGUCAUUAGUAAUAGGGCUAUUGAAAUGUUGGGAGGGAAAAUGGGCUCUAAGACACCUGUUCAUCCUAAUGACCAUGUUAACAAAAGCCAGAGUUCCAAUGAUACUUUCCCUACUGCUAUGCAUGUCGCCCUUGCCAUCGAUUUAAAUAUGUAUCUCCUUCCUAAUUUACAAAUACUUAAAGAGGCACUUACUAGCAAAAAAGAGGAAUUUAAAGAUAUCAUUAAAAUUGGACGUACGCACGCCCAAGACGCCGUUCCUCUAACCAUUGGACAAGAAUUUAGUGCUUACGAAGCUCAAAUUUCCUUCGGCAUAGAAAGAAUUAAAAAUACACUGCCUCAUUUAUACCUCUUAGCAGCAGGAGGAACAGCUGUUGGGACAGGAUUGAAUACUAAAAUUGGUUUCGCCGAAAAAGUAACCAAGGAAAUCUCCAAUAUCACAGGUCUACCUUUCAAAACUGCACCAAAUAAAUUCGAAGCCCUUGCCUGUAAUGACACGGUCGUUGAAGUCAGCGGCGCCCUAAAUGUCUUAGCUUGUAGCUUCAUGAAAAUAGCGAAUGAUUUGAGAUUUUUGGGUUCCGGUCCCAGGUGCGGCUUCGCCGAACUAAUUUUACCCGAAAAUGAACCUGGAAGCAGUAUAAUGCCUGGCAAAGUGAACCCGACACAAUGUGAAUCGAUGACCAUGAUUGCUUGUCAAAUUAUGGGCAACCACAUAGCCCUAACUGUAGGCGCUUCUAACGGUCAUUUUGAAUUGAAUGUUUUUAAGCCCUUAAUUAUAAGCAACGCUCUAAGAUCCUCUAGACUUCUAUCAGAUUCCGCUUUUACCUUUACUACCCAUUGUUUGACUGGACUCAAAGUUAAUAAAGAAAGGGUAGAAAAGUAUUUAAAGGAAUCUUUAAUGUUAGUCACCGCUCUAAAUCCUCAUAUAGGUUACGAUAAAGCUGCAAAAAUAGCGAAAAUUGCUCAUAGUAAAGGUAUAACUCUUAAGGAGGCGGCUGUCGAUGUAUUGUCUUAUCUUACCCCUCAACAAUACGAUACUUGGGUAGAUCCCAAAAAAAUGCUAGGACCUUCUUAAACUAUAAUUUUAUGAAAUCACGAAAUAGAUAUGUCAAUUUAAGACAAAUAUUAUUUUUUGUUUUUAAUAUUUAUUAUUUUAAUUGAUUUGAAUCGGGAAAAUUUGUUAUAAUAAAAUUUGUUUCUAUUUA